CCAAACCAAACACUAUCCCCCCCCCCCCCCUGUACCCCGUGUAUUGGUUUAUUCCAGUUCCGGGUCCGCACGUGGUGCACAGAGCGCAGACUGAGAGCUCUCCCAGCCGGGACCAUGCUCAUCUCUAAGGACAUACCAUGGAGGCGGCUGGACAACAUCUCAUUCGGGAUAUACUCCUCCGACGACAUCAGAAAUCUGAGUGUGAAGGCAAUAACCAACUACAGAUAUUUGGACAGUGUUGGGAACCCAAUGGCUAAUGGCCUUUACGAUCUGGCUCUGGGACCUGCAGACACCAAGGAAGUGUGCGGCACCUGUGCCCAGGACUUCAACAACUGCCCUGGUCAUCUGGGACAUAUCGAACUCCCCCUCAUUGUUUAUAACCCACUCAUUUUUGAUAAACUGUUCCUACUGGUACGUGGCUCCUGUUUUCACUGCCACUUGCUGACAUGUCCUCGUGCGGUGAUUCACUUGCUGCUCAAUCAACUGAAGGUCCUUGAACAUGGCGCCCUCCACGAGGUUCACGAACUGGAAGCUGUUCUUGGAAGAUACCUGGAGGGCAACUCGGCUGCGACCGGUAGCGAGAUUAAAGAUGAGUUAGAAGACUACACCCGAAGUGUGUUAAAAAAGUACAAGAAGAAGACAGAGUCCAAAACUGUGAAGAAUAUCUGCAUAGCCAGAAACAAGCUGAUUGGAGAUUUCUGGAAAUUGGAAAUGGCGUCUAAAAAAUGUCCCAAUUGCAGGGCUCCAAAGUCAGUAGUGAGAAAAGAACACAACAGCAAGUUAACCAUCAUAAUGGCUAAACCAACUAAAAAGUCCAAAGAUGACUUGGAGAAAGGUGACCUUCCAGAAGUGUUUGAUGCGACAGAAUUAAGCAAACGAGGUUAUUUAACUGCCAACAGCACCAAGGAGCACAUAGAGGCCUUGUGGGAAAAUGAAGGCUUUUUCUUGAAGUACCUAUUUUCUGGAAUGGGAUUCGGAAAGAAAUCCAUAUUUACUCCAGACAUGUUUUUUAUGGACCUUAUUGUGGUUCCUCCUGCAAGGUACCGUCCCAUUAACCGGCUCGCAGAUCAGAUGUUUACCAACGGGCAGACGGUUAAUUUGCAGGCGGUCCUAAAAGAUGUCUCACUGAUACAGAAACUUCUGGCCGUGAUAGCCCAGGAUCAGGGCAAAACCCAGGAACUGACAGAAACCGAAUCCGUUUUGGAACAGAUGGAGACCGAGUUUAUUGAUCGUUCUUUCCUGGCUGCCUUGCCGGGCCAGUCCCUCACUGAUAAAUUGUAUAAUGCCUGGGUUCGACUUCAGAGCCAUGUGAAUGUUGUGUUUGACAGCGACAUGGACAAGCUGAUGACUGACAAGUAUCCUGGAAUUCGACAGAUUCUGGAGAAGAAAGAAGGCCUGUUUCGGAAGCACAUGAUGGGCAAACGUGUGGAUUACGCUGCCCGUUCAGUUAUCUGUCCCGACAUGUACAUUAAUACCAAUGAGAUUGGAAUCCCGAUGGUAUUUGCAACUAAGCUGACUUAUCCCCAGCCCGUCACUCCGUGGAAUGUGCAUGAAUUGCGGCAGUUUGUGAUCAAUGGGCCCAAUGUGCAUCCGGGAGCCUCCAUGGUGAUUAAUGAGGACGGCACUCGUACAAUUCUAAAUCCUACUAACCCCAGCCAAAGGGAGGCCAUAGCUAAGCAGCUCCUCACACCUUCCACUGGCACGCAGAAAAUGGCAGCUAAAAUUGUAUGUCGUCAUGUUAGAAAUGGGGAUGUGCUGCUGUUGAAUCGGCAACCUACCUUGCACAGACCAUCUAUCCAAGCUCACAAAGCCCGAAUCCUGCCUGGGGAGAAGGUGUUAAGGCUGCACUACGCCAACUGUAAGGCAUACAAUGCUGACUUUGAUGGUGAUGAAAUGAACGCUCACUUUCCUCAGGGUGAACUGGGGCGUGCCGAAGCGUACACAAUCGCCUGUACCGAUGAACAGUACUUGGUGCCGAAGGAUGGGACGCCCUUAGCAGGAUUGAUUCAAGAUCACAUGGUGUCUGGUACCAGCAUGACCAUCCGCGGCUGUUUCUUCACCAGAGAGCAAUACAUGGAGCUGGUAUACCGAGGACUGACUGAUAAGAAAGGACGUGUGAUUACUCUGCCACCAGCAAUCCUAAAACCGUAUCCUCUUUGGACAGGAAAGCAGGUAGUCUCGACCUUACUAAUCAAUGUAAUACCCGAGCACCACAUCCCGCUCAACUUGACAGGAAAAGCCAAGAUUCCCGGGAAAGCCUGGGUAAAGGACCCUCCUAGAGCCACUCCAGGAUUCGAGUCGGACUCCAUGUGCGAAUCUCAGGUUAUCAUCCGGAAUGGAGAGCUCCUGUGUGGUGUCCUGGACAAAGCUCACUAUGGAAGCUCAUCUUUCGGCCUCGUUCAUUGCUGCUACGAGCUGUACGGUGGGGAGACUAGUGGGAAGCUGCUGACGUGCCUUGCUCGACUCUUCACAGCUUAUCUGCAGUUAUACCGAGGCUUUACCAUGGGAGUGGAAGACAUUUUGGUCCGUCCCUACGCCAACAUUAAAAGACAGAAGAUGGUGGAAAAGUCUACACACUGUGGUGGGCGUGCUGUCCGAGCUGCAUUCAAUCUGUCUCAGAGUUGCACUGAUGAGGAAGCCCAAGGAAAAUGGCAAGAUGCCCAGCUCAACAAGGACCAGAGGGAUUUCAACAUGGUGGACCUGAAAUUCAAAGAAGAAGUCAACAAGUUCAGCAAUGAAAUCAACAAGGUCUGUAUGCCUCUCGGCCUCCACCGACCCUUUCCAGAAAAUAACCUUCAGCUGAUGGUCCAGUCAGGCGCUAAGGGAUCAACUGUGAACACUAUGCAGAUUUCGUGUUUGCUGGGUCAGAUUGAGUUGGAAGGUCGGCGCCCGCCAUUGAUGCCUUCUGGGAAAUCUUUACCGUGCUUUCAGCCGUAUGACUUCACGCCAAGGUCUGGGGGGUUUGUGACUGGCCGAUUUCUCACUGGCAUUAAACCUUAUGAAUUCUUCUUCCAUUGCAUGGCUGGGAGGGAAGGUUUGGUUGACACUGCUGUGAAAACCAGUCGCUCUGGGUAUCUCCAAAGGUGUGUGAUCAAACACCUGGAAGGUCUGGUGGUUCAGUAUGACCUGACAGUGCGGGACAGCGAUGGCAGCAUUAUCCAAUUCCUGUACGGUGAGGACGGCCUGGACGUCCCGAAGACUCAGUUUCUGCAGCCGAAACAAUUCCCCUUCAUUGCAGAUAACUAUGAGGUCGUUAAGAAGUCUAAACGGCUGGAUGAAGUGCUGUCCAAGAUGAAUUCUGAGCAAGCAAAUCUGCAUAGCCAGACCAUCAAAAAAUGGAGGGCAAAACACCCGAAUCCAUCGCUGAGGCUUAGCCCCUUCUUACUCUUCUCACAGAAGAAAAUGGCUGCAGCUAAAGCGGCUUGUCCAGACGGACAGAAUGAGAAUGGCCGGAGUCCUGCAUCUAAGCUGCUGUUGGAUACAUGGUAUUCUCUCCAAGAGAAGGCUCGAGGCAAAUAUUCUAAAAAGGCUUCUCACAUCCCUGACCCCUGCCUGGCAGUCUGUCGCCCAGAUAUCUAUUUUGGAUCAGUCUCGGAAACAUUUCAAGACAAGGUCGAUCAGUAUGGCUUCCAAUGGGAAGAGAAAAGGAAAAACGGCUAUGAGAAAUCCAAACUGUCCUAUGACAAUUUGAGGACGUUGCUGCACCUUAAGUGGCAGAGGGCCCUGUGUGACCCAGGAGAGGCGGUGGGACUCCUGGCCGCUCAGAGUAUUGGGGAACCAUCCACCCAGAUGACCUUGAACACCUUUCACUUUGCAGGCAGAGGAGAAAUGAAUGUCACGCUAGGUAUUCCCAGACUUCGGGAGAUUCUAAUGGUUGCCAGUUCCAACAUUAAAACACCCAUGAUGAGUGUGCCCGUCAUCGGCACCAAAAGAGCUUUGAAAAAGGUGAAGAGGCUGAAGAAACAACUAACACGCGUGUGCUUGUCAGAGGUGUUGCACAAGGUGGACGUAGAAGAGACUUUCCAAAUAGAAGGAAAGAAAGUGAAAUAUCAGGUGUACAAGAUAAAGUUUCAUUUCUUGCCUUUCGAGUAUUAUCAGCAGGAAAAGGCCUUGCGUCCCGAGGACAUAUUGCGUUUCAUGGAAACCAGGUUCUUCCGAAUCAUGUUUGAUGCGAUAAAGAGGAGAAGCGCAAAGCUUGCCUCGUUCCGGGAAGUGAGCACCCGCAAAGCAAAUCAGAAGGAUUUAGAUAAUGAUGAAGAGGCGCCAGGACCCCAGGAGAACCAGGGCGCUGACAAUGAAGAGGAAGCUGUUGUCGACGCAGAUGCUGACGAAGGCGAUGCGGAUGCCUCUGAUGCGAAAAGAAAAGAAAAACAAGAAGAGGAGGUGGAUUAUGAGAGUGAGGAAGAGGAGCAGGCAGAGAACGAAGAUGAGGAAGAAACUGAGAAUUCUGCUCCCUCUCCAGAUGUUCAAGAGACAGAUGAGCAAACACCGAUGCCCGAGGAGUCGACUUCCUUACCCUCCGUAACGAGCAAGUUAACCAAGGAUGUAGCCUUGGAGAACCGAAUUAAUGCUGUGCGCAGCCUCAACUCUGCCGUGCUAGAUUAUACAUAUGAUACAGAGAACUGUUUAUGGUGUGAGGUCACAAUACAGUUACCACUAAUGAAAGUCCAUUUCGACAUUUCCUCCCUUGUCGUUUUACUAUCUCAUAAUGUAGUCAUUCAUGAGACAAACGGAAUAACAAGGUGCUUGCUGAGCGAAUCCACUAACAAGCACGGGGACAAAGUGCUCACUCUUAACACAGAAGGCAUUAACCUGCCAGAGCUCUUUAAAUAUUCUGACGUAUUGGACAUCCGACGUCUUUAUUCCAAUGAUAUCCAUGCUAUGGCUAAAACAUACGGUAUUGAGGCGGCUUUACGGGUGGUUGAAAAGGAAAUUAAAGAUGUGUUUGCAGUUUAUGGAAUUGAGGUGGAUCCUCGCCAUAUCUCUCUGGUAGCAGAUUACAUGUGCUUCGAAGGAAUUUACAGUCCUCUCAAUCGCCUUGGGAUUCGGUCCAGCUCUUCUCCUUUUCAGCAGAUGACCUUUGAAACCAGUUUUAAAUUUCUGAAGGAUGCCACUAUGAACGGUGCCCAAGAUGAUCUCCGAUCUCCCUCUGCAUGCUUGGUUGUUGGAAAAGUUGUAAAAGGAGGUACUGGGUUAUUUGAUCUUAAACAACCAAUGAAGUGAGGGCCCAACUGGUAGCUGUGUUAUUGUCCAAGCCAAUAUCCUUUUACGGAGGAAGUCUUCCAAGUCGAGCGCUGGGCCCAUGGUCCUCUGGAGAAAAAUAAGUAUUGAUGUCACUACUGGGAAACACUUUGUGAUCCACCUCAGGGCUGUUGGCCGUGUUAUAGACUGCAGACAGAGCAGAUUGUUUAAAUUAACUUUACACGCAAGCAGACAAGACUCAUCAAGGUGGACUCACGCUAGAAUACCUUACCAGGUAUUUUGUCACUGUUUCAGUGUGGAUCUCCGUGUUCUGCAAUCUUGUAAAUGUCUAUAAAUGUAAACUGACUGUACUUUUCUAAUAAAGUAUUAUCUUAUA